GCAAAGUGGGCGCCGACUACCGUCACUCUGGGUUGCCAUGCACGAGUGAUGGUGGCUGGUCGAUGCCCCGGCGCCAUCCGUGGCGCCAGUUGCGAUUCGUCUCGAGAUGGACAUAACGUUCCUCGGUACUGCGUCGGCGCAGCCGUCGCCAACGCGCAACCACUCUUCACUCGCGUUCCGCCCGGACGGCUCGGACGUGUGGCUCUUUGACUGCGGCGAGGGCACGCAGCACCAGAUGAUCAACCUCAUGGCCGGCCACGCGACGCUAGCGCUGCAGGCGCCGGGCAAUGCGUGCGCCGUUCUCAGCGCACCGCGACUGGCCAAAAUCAGUCGCAUCUUCUUGACGCAUCUGCACGGCGACCACUGCUUUGGCUUGCCGGGGCUUCUGUGCACGGCGGGCUCGGUCGUGUCGUCGGACGUGCCCGAGAAGGCCAACCCGAUUCACAUCUACGGUCCGCGCGGGCUCAAAGCCUACGUCCGCAACAUGCUACGACACACCAUGUCGCGCAUUGGCACUGGGUUUGUGCUACAUGAGCUGCUGCUCGCCAGUGACACACCGUCGCGCAACGACGAGUGCCACAUUGACGAAGUCCUUGGCGACGACUUUGUCGCGACGUAUCAGAGUACCAACAAGGACGACAGGGCGACAACCUACUGGACGCUGCAGGUCGGCACGGCGACGGCAUUUGAGAUUCUGGCCGCGCCGAUUCCACACACGGUGCCCACGGUCGGGUACCUUCUCCGGGAACCAGCGUCGCCCGGACGCCUCAACAUUGAGCUCGUUGCACCAAUUCUUCAGCGCAACAAGGCGGCUUUGCAGCUCAAGAACCCGAUGGCGCUACUACCCAAGCUCAAAAACGGCGAGACACUUACGAUGCCCGACGGCACGGUGCUGUCGCCAGAAACGUGCGUCGGUCCGACACGACCCGGGCGCGUCAUCGUCAUUCUCGGUGACACCUCGGAUGCGCUCGCUUCUGCUUUUGUUUCUCUAACAGCCGAAGAUGCCUACGUCGACGUUGUCGUCCACGAAGCGACGAACGCGUGCUUGCCGUCCGAUGUCGCCACCGGCGCGACGCCAGCCGACGUCGAAGCGCAAACCAAAAGCCACGGACACUCAACGCCCGAGAUGGCGGGCACCUUUGCCAACGCCAUGCGAUGCAAGCGACUCGUCCUCAACCAUUUCUCAAGUCGGUACAAAGGCGACGGCGCCGCCGAGAGCCUCGCCGUCAUGGACAACAUUAAGGCGCUCGCAACCACUGCGUUUGGCUCGGAUAACGUCGUGUGUGCCCGGGACUUUAUGCAAGUCGCGAUUGCGCCACGACCAGUUUGAGAAAUCCCGAAUCUACUCGAUGCCGUCGUUGUUCGCGCCUACAAGGAGCUGAAAGGGAGACAGCCACGCCUCAUCCGAGGUGCAGCGGUAAGACAGGCCUCGGGCCUCUUUUCUCCAAGAGAACAAGUCAUGGGAAUAUCAGACUGUGAUUUUUGGCAUGUG